AUGGCCGACUCGAGUACAGAUGUAGCGAAACGUGAGAUAAGAGAGUCUUUAAAAUUAAGUACAUUUUUUAUGCGACUCAUUGGUUUCACGUUACACAAGCCGAAAACGCCAUCUGCAGUUAUAAUACAGAAACUUAUUUUCUCUGCGACCGUUGUGGGGGUGGUAAUACAUGUUCUCAGUGAAUUAUCAUUUCUCUGCGUCACGUCAACUAAUUCGCCGCGGGUUGAGGACGUGGUUCCAUUAAUACACACUGUCGGCUACGGCAUUUUAAGCAUUUCAAAGUUCGCUGUACUCUAUUCCAAGAAGAGCAUAUUUGCACAACUUCUGGAUGACCUGUCGACCAUAUGGCCAGUGGCACCUCUUGAAACGGAAGCUCAACUUUUGAAGAGCAGCAGCUUGAAAGCAUUGCGGCUUACGCAUAGCUGGUAUUUCGGCUUAAACGAAUCCGGUGUUUGUUUCUUUGCUAUAACCCCAGUGAGUUUGUAUUUCUUUAACCAAAUGCGAGGACAGAACUAUGCUAUCAGAUCGAUUUGGGCUUCAUGGUAUCCCUUCAACAUAUAUUCCAGCAACUUUGUGCAUGUGUGCGUUUAUAUCUUUGAAAUCUUCUCAGGUCAAUCCUGUGUGUGGGUGAUGAUAACUUCCGAUCUGCUGUUCACGGGAAUGGCAAGCCAUAUAAUUCUCCUACUGAAAUUACUACAGCAACGCUUACUUAAACUUGGUGAGAUGGGUCGCACUGACGAAGACGACUAUAAAGAACUGAUUGGAAGUAUACAGCUUCAUCAAAAACUUAUUAAGUACUGUAAGGACUUGGAAAACGCCUUCUCCCUUGUCAAUCUUAUAAACGUUGCCCUAAGUUCUGUCAACAUUUGCUGUGUUUUGUUCGUCAUAGUGCUUCUAGAACCUGUGAUGGGUAUGAGCAACAAACUGUUCCUUGGUGCAUCUUUAAUCCAAAUUGGUAUUAUAUGCUGGUACGGGGAGAAUAUUAUUCAAGAGAAUGCUAAGAUAGCGGAAGCAGCCUAUAAUAACAAUUGGUAUAAACUGAGUCCUCGAUGCAGAAGAAGCUUAGCCUUCCUUAUACAGAGAGCGCAGAAACCAAUUGCGUUUACUGCAAUGAAUUUUACCAACAUAUCCCUAGUCACGUAUUCAGCUAUUCUCACAAGAUCGUACUCGUAUUUCACCCUCUUAUACACUAUGUAUGGACAGAAUUAA